GGAGACGCUCGGCCGGCAGCAGGCGGCGGGGUGCGCAGCGGCGGCGGGCAGCGGAGCGGCGGCGCCCGCGCAGCUCCCGCUACAGACGGGGCGGGAAGCUCCGGCGGGCAGCGGCGGAGGGCUGCGCGCUCCCCCGCCGGAGCCCCGGCGGCAGGAGGAGGAGGCGGAGUAGCGGCGGCGGCUCCCCGCCGGCGGCAGGCUCCCUGCGGUAUGGCCCUGGCGGACAGCGCCCGCGGGCUGCCCAACGGCGGCGGCGUGUCGCCGGCGGCAGGGAGCGGGGCGGCGGGGAGCGGGGCGGCGGCGGCGGGCGGCUGGUCGUCCUUCCCGGAGAUCGUGGAGCUGAACGUGGGCGGGCAGGUGUACGUGACGCGGCGGUGCACCGUGGUCUCGGUGCGCGACUCGUUGCUCUGGCGCAUGUUCUCGCAGCAGCAGCCCAGCGAGCUGCCCCGGGACAGCAAGGGCCGCUUCUUCCUCGACCGCGACGGCUUCCUCUUCCGCUACAUCCUGGACUACUUGCGGGACCUGCAGCUGGUGCUGCCCGAGCACUUCCCCGAGCGCAGCCGUCUUCAGCGGGAGGCCGAGUACUUCCAGCUGCCCGACCUUGCUCGCCGCUUGGCACAGGCACGAGGGGCCACCGCCGCCCGACCCGCCGCCCUGCACCGCGACGGCUCGCUCUGCGCCGACGAGCCGCCGCCGCCGCCGCUCCUUGGCUACCUGGAGGCCGAGCCGCUGGAGGGAGGCGGCGGCGGGGCCGCGGCGUCCGCCCCGUCGCCCACCGCCAGCCGCAGCCCCUCGGGUGGACCGCUGCUCACGCCCUCGCAGUCGCUGGACGGGGCGGGCGGGCGACGCUCGGGCUACAUUACUAUCGGCUACCGGGGGUCCUAUACCAUCGGGCGGGAGGCGCAGGCUGACGCCAAGUUCCGGCGGGUGGCUCGCAUCACCGUCUGCGGCAAGACGGCGCUGGCCAAGGAGGUCUUCGGGGAGACGCUGAACGAGAGCCGCGACCCCGACCGCCCCCCCGAGCGCUACACCGCCCGCUACUACCUCAAGUUCAACUUCCUGGAGCAAGCGUUCGACCGGCUGUCCGAGGCCGGCUUCCGCAUGGCCGCCUGCUCUUCCACCGGCACCUGCGCCUUCGGCCCCGAGCAGGGCGGGCCUGCCGACGACAAGAUCUGGACCAGCUACACUGAGUAUGUCUUCUGCCGGGACUGAGCAUCUGUCCGGCCAGUGGCCUGGGAAUGAGGCAGCGGCCCCUGCGCACCCACCCUCGCAUCCACAGUCCCCUCCCAGCCUGGAGGAAGGAGGACGUGGAGGGGAGCUGCACCCCCCUUCGCUUUCCUCACCCCGGUGCCUGCCUCCGUGCAGAAGGCAGGUCAGCCCCCGCCCUUCCUGCACGCACCUCCUGACGGCCCUGGGGACGGGAGCUCACCGUCUUGUGCCUCAGCCGCCACAUCCCUGCUUGGCCACCGUGGCCCUGCUCAGCAGCCGUAUCCUAGCUCACACCAUCAUCCUCUCUCCCACACUUCCCAGUAGCUGUGUUGGUAGCGAGGAAGGAGAGAGGUAGUGGCAACAGACCCAUGCCAGGAAAGCGUGCAUGUGCACCCAGCCCUUAACCCCUGUCCACACACAUGGACAGGGAUGACUGUCAGGGUGAGGUAUUCAAAAAAGCACCCAUUUAAGGGCCAGGGAGCUUUUCAGUUGCUUUUCAGCAACUUCUGUCAAAGAUGGUUUGACAAAUGGCUGUCUUUUGUCAUCCUCAUACCCUUAAGUGGGAUUCUACCUUGUUGGAGGACCCAUGAUGGUCCCUUUUAUUCUCUGCCCACAUGAAAGCGAUGCUUGUCUGUGAAGGGCCAUCACAUAGAAGUGAUCCCUGACUGUGAGGAGUUGGCACUCAUACUUCACCUGCAGAGAUAAGUAAUUUUGCAGGAGAUGUGCAUGUGGCCCUUCAUAACCAGUUGCAUCUAUCUCUCUUCCCUGCUUCCCGUCUCUCUGCAAAUUCCCCCUCUCCAAGCUGUUAAACUGGACCAGGACCUGCAUAGCAGGUGCAUAAGGCUGAUGUGAAAGGACAGGUUCACUGGAUCACCACCCGUUUGAACUGUAAAGUGUCCUCAGAGACACAAAUUUAUUCCCUUGAGAGGUAAAACAAUGAUGCUUUGAAAAAUUAAAAUGGUCAUGAAUCAUAGCUUUCAUGGGUGAUGUGGAGCCCUCUUGAAGUUACUGUCUAGAAGAUGCAUAGAAAAUCUCUAUGCAUAUUUCCCUAAACACCCUCAAAACAAUGGGGGUGAAAUGAAGCCAGGCUUGACAAAGGUAGGGCUUGCUUCCUGGGAAGCUGAGACCAUGUAUGUUGAUUUAAUGCAGAGGUACAUUAUAAGUGUAAUCAAGAGCAACCUGCUUGUUACUUUUAAGUUUUGUCAUGCUAGUGCUGUAAAACUUUGAAGCCAACAGAACUGAUACUGAAACCACUUUUUUAAGAAACACUUUCUUGGUUUCCAUGGCAGUACUACCAGGACAAUGAAACUGCUGAGAGUCAAGUACUUCUUUCUAGACAAAACUAGUGCUUUUUAGAGAGGAAUAAGCCCCAUCCUUACAAACACAAGAAUGAUGCCAACUGUCUUUAGGGGAAGUUACCCUUCCUAAACUGUAUUUGGUUUGUGCUUUCUUUCUGGGAGGAGAAACACGUAGCUUGCUUUGGAACAGAUGAUCUGAGCAGCAGGUUUUACAAUAGAGAAGACUGAGCAACUCUUUCUAAUAAAUUCAUGAAGAUGGGGGUACAAAAGCACUUUCCUCUAAAACCUGAAAUUGAUUUAAAAGCCUUUGUUAUCUGUUUUAAACCUUCACAGAAAAAUACCCUAAAUAUUUCUGAAGUGUUGGUACAUGUUAAAGGCUUGAAGUUACAGUUUUAAAACUCUUGGAUAAUAAAUUGUUCUAACUCCAAAUUUAGAAGUACUGCUAGUGCUUGUAUUCUAACCAAAGACUUUCACAGUAGGGUUUUAUUUUUAAAACCUUAAUUCCUUUGAAAAGAGCUAUAGCUUCAAAUGUAUUGAGUUGAGUUUCAGUGCUCUGUCUCUCUUCACCACUUGGUCUUUCAUUAAAUGCAUGCACACCCACAUGAAAUGGAACAUUAAUUUGCAUCACCAUGUGUUGGGGUUUUUUUAAUAGUAGCAAGAUUGUUUAUCAAUGUGAUUAAAUUGAUGCGCAUACAAAAGCGCUGGGUAUUGUCCAGUUGUAGAUAGUUGUAAAAUGUAGUAUUUUUAAAAGGAGAGACAUGUAUACUUGCCAAAUUAGAUGAGCAAUAAGAGUGAGAGGCCAAUACACCUGAAGACGGAAUGAAACCUGUUUGUCCUAUGCCUUACUCUGAGAUGAUUUCUUUGUGCUUAACUUAUUUAUACCACAAGUGAAAGGACAUUGAUCACAGCUACUAGAUCUUUACAAUGCCGUUCUUGAGAAUAAUGACUGUCUUUUUCUAGUUUCUGUUAAGUAAUUCUGAAGUAUGUUUUUUAAGAUUUUGUAUAAAAUGGCUUUUCAGUAAAGUGUUCAAAUUCACUCGAGAUAGCUUUCUUUUUUUUUUUUAAGAAUCUGGUAGCUUACUAAAUCCAUCAUAGGAGCUAUGAAUAGAGGCAGUUUUAAAUGGAACUUGUGAUUUAGUGUACAUAUAUAUACAUAUAUAAACAUUUUACACGGAUCAUUUAGUUUUUUAAUCAUUUCAGUGCAGCAGAAUUUCAUAAUAUAUCUAGCUGAGCAUUUACAUAUUACGCUGUGUACAUAACAUUGUAAUGUUUUACUGGUUUCCUAUACUUGUUUCUAUGGGAAAACUGAAUAUUGAGUAUCAACUUGUAGAACUGAAGUCAAUUGCAUAUUUGCUUUGAAUGUGAAUCACAAUUAAACUUCCAGGUGGCUGAAUGCAUCUCAAAAAGAAAAAAACCAAGAUUGCCUGUAUUUUGAUUGAUGAUUGCCUAUCUGUUUGCUGGGAAAUGACACAGAAAUUCCCAUAUUUUAAGUAAAAAUGGCUGUAAUAAAAACAUAAUGUGAUGAUUUUUUAAAUCUUUUUGUCUGUGAUCAAAACUCGAAACAUUAUUAGUAUUAGGAAAUGGAGCCCUUGGUUUACUGAUAACUCAUUACAUUUAGGCUUAAAAUGACUUAAAUGUAAACCAAUGUUUUUCUUAAAUAUUAUUCAGUAAUUUCAGUAAAAUUUGUAAAUGGUAAAGUGCCCAAGGCAAAGUCACUGAGAUUUGCUGGUCUCUUCUAUUGAGAGCUCAAAGAACAGGUAAACACAAUGAUUCUGCGAACCUGUUGACGCAGGACAAAAAUCUAAAGGCACAAUACUAGAGUCCUGUAUACAUUUUGCAGCUCUUCUUAUUCACAAUUUGUGUACUUAAUGGAUGAUUACAGUAGCAUUUACAAGUGCUGUUAAUAAACCAGAGGCAGUCUUUUCAUUGGAAGUUAAGGCAUAGGUCUUUUCAAUGAUGCAUAUUGUGAAGGGUGACUUUGCAGAUAUUUGAUAGGAUGUUUAUAUUUUUAUACAUGUAGAUAACGAGCCACUUAUUCAUUCUUAUUUUCACAUGUAUAACAUUGAAAAUAAAGAUUCUCCUAGGAAAA